AUGCGACUCCCUGGAACAAGCUGUUCGUUUGUUCUCUUUGAGAUGAUGUUCUCCUGCUGGGUGACUCUCGGAUCCAUCCCCUGUUCAUCCACCUGGCAGACAUUUCAGGGGACUGAGUACUACGUGCACUCGGUUCCCAUGGCCUGGGCCCAAGCCAAGGAAUUCUGCCAGAAGAUGGGAGGCAACCUGCUGAUGCCCAAGUCAUCCGAAGAGAACGCGUUCACCAACUCGCUGCUGCAGCAACGCGGGGUGACUACAGCGUGGCUGAACUGUCGACGGUAUUUGCUAGGUUGGAAGUGUGAGAGCUCGGAGUACCAAAACAUAGCCCCAGGCUAUGGUAUCUUUGUGAGAAACUGCGCCAUUGUGAAGACCACAGACGGUCAGUGGUACGCCGCACCUUGCGACCAGGAAACGACUGCCGUGUGCGAGAGAGAAGCGACGGUACAGCAAGGCAACCUCGCCAUUCACUGCAUGAUCCUAGGGGCAGACGGCCGUCCAGUUACCGUUGGGGAAAGCAUUCACAAUCAUGCACUCAACUAA